AUGCUGUAAACGCGGAAGGAACAAUGGACACUUCGUAGCCGAGAGACUGAAAUGCCUGAGUGAGGGAGGAGCGCCUGUGGCCAUGUCUUCCAAGCCAGAGUCGUAUCUGGUGUCCUUACCUCGCUGGGAGAUCGCCCUCUACUGGCUGCUCUCGCUCGCCUCCCAUCUCUACUCUUUUUAUGAGCUGCACAGAUUCUCCAAAGAACACGAGCGUGGGCUGGACAGAGAGUUCCCGCUGGAGAAAGGCUUCAUUGGGGGCCUGAAGAGGGAUGCUGCGGACUUCGAGUGGAGCUUCUGGAGUGACUGGGCCAGAAGGUCCUUACUCUGGUCACUGCUUGGCCAUGCUGUCCUGUCCAGGCUUGCCAGUAUUUAUCUACCUCAGUGGCAUCUUGCUAUACUCACAGGUUACGGAGUGCUGGCUGCCUGCAACCUGCUGGGGCUUAGAGGUGUGGCUGUCUUGAUGUUGCAGCUGAGCCUGUCAUUGGCUGUUGCUCAGCUACAUAACCCCGCCCUGUGCUGGGGCUCCUCCCUCCUGCUACUCUCCACCCUUCACAUCAGUAGUUUGCAAGACAUCCAGCGUGGCUGGUAUGAGUCGGAGGAGCAGUACUACCUCCUUCUCUUCAGUGUGGCCGUGUGUGGCCUCCGCUGCAUCAGCUUCAGCCUGGAGUUCUGCUGGAGUGGCCCCAGCCUGCAGUCCCCGCCGUCCCAGUGCUGCCCCCUGGUGGUGGGAGGACCACAGUGUGCGGGCGGCCCCAGGGCCUUCCUGUCCCAGCUGUACAGGCUGUCCGCCUACUGCUUCUACCACCCUGUCUUCUACAAUGGGCCCAUCAUCACUUACAGGGACUUUAGCAAACAGAUGCUGAGGCCGUGCGCGGGUGUGUGUGGCGUGUCGGCGGUGUGUGUGCUGAAGAGCGCUGUGCGUGUGUGUGUGUGGUGGUGUGUGGCCGAGACCCUGAUCCACUGCAUGCACAUGCACAGCAUCCAGGGCAACGAGACCUACCUGGAGAUCCUGCCACCGUGGGCACUUGGAGGCUUGGCUCUGGGCCUGGUGCAGUUCUUCUAUGUGAAGUACCUGGUGCUGUUUGGGCUGCCGUCUCUGCUGGUGCGGAUGGAUGGAGUGGAGCCGCCCCAACUGCCCCGCUGUGUCAGCAUCAUGUACAGCUUCACCGGAAUGUGGAGACACUUUGAUGUGGGACUGUACAGGUGGCUCAUCAGGUACAUCUACGUGCCCCUUGGUGGUUCUCGUCAUGGCGUGUUGCGUAAGGUGUUGUCCACAGCGUUGGCGUUUGUGUUUGUGUGUUUCUGGCACGGCGGCCAUGACUACCUGCAGCAGUGGGCCCUGCUCAACUGGGCUGGCAUCCUGGUGGAGAACGCACUGGGCAUGCUCCUCACCGCCCCUCCGCUACGCCACCUCAUCGAACGUGUUCUGUCUCCACCCAUGAGGAGGCGGGGCCUGGCAUUUGUCUCCGCCUUCUCCACGGGCCUGCUCAUCUUGUCCAAUCUGAUCUUCCUGGGCGGCAACCACGUGGGGAGAAUCUUCUGGAAGAGGGUGUUUGUGCAAGGGUGGUCCAACAUGGCCAUCCCCAUGCUGGGCUUCCUGUACUGUUUCGCUCAGGUGGGACUGGAGUGGGACCGCAAGGCCCGGUGACAUCACUCCCAUCAUGCACUGCAUCACACUCACCUCACGUCCCAGUGACCAGACUGGACUGGGACCCCCAGGCCCGGUGAUAUCGGACUUCACAAACGUCACAGGCUUCACACGCAGACGUCACGCAGUCAUCACCGUAACAACCACCCGCUCCUCCGCAGUAUGGAGCAGGAAGUCUAUUUUUAAACCAGACUCUUUGAUAUGUAUGAAUUCCAUAUGCUUG